AUGAAGGGUGCUGUUGUCUUGGGCGCUCUCGCUGCCGGCGCCAGUGCGUGGAAAUACCCCGACUGCGAUGCCGACAACUGCUACCGCGCCUUGACCAAGGAUGGGUUGAAGAAGGAGGCCGAGUCGUUUUGCUUUGGCUGGCUCGCCGGCACGACGACGGCAUCGUCCGCCAUUCCCCCCGAUUUCCAGAACUGCGGCGUCACCGAGGCCAGCUCGGCUUGCUCGUGUAUCACUUACACGGCUACUCACGUCACUGGACCUUCAACCACGGUCACUCUGGCUCCUCCCACCACAACUAGCACGUUUGUGAAGCCCACUUCGUCUGCUCCUGCUACCACCCAGCAGCCGCCUACGUCGGCUGUCGCCAGCCAGACUACUGGGCAACCUACUGCUCCUCCUACGACGGCCAUCUCUACCGCCUCUAGCCAGCAGCCUCAGGUCAGCAGCACCUCCUGCGGCACCGGCCCUGUUAGCAGCCCUGCCCGCAGCUCCGUCAGCAGCUCUCCCGGCACCUCUUCUCAAGCUGUGGGCUCCUCUUCCCCGGCCGCCAGUUCCUCUCCAGCAAUCAGCUCCCCUUCUUCUCCAGCUAUCAGCUCCUCCUCUCCAGCUGUCGGCUCCUCGUCUUCUCCAGCUAUCAGCUCCUCCUCUCCAGCUGUCGGCUCCUCGUCUUCUCCAGCUAUCAGCUCCUCUUCUCCAGCUGUCGGCUCUUCGUCUUCUCCAGCUGCUGGCUCCUCCUCUUCCCGAGCUGUCAGCACCUCUGGCAACACCAGUUCGGCUAGCAUUACCCAGGCUACUUCUCAGAAGCCGUCCACCACUGCCAACACCGAGGCCACACAGAUUACCAAGACGCCCACCCAAUGGACCACCUCCACCAUCUGCAUCACCAAGACCCACACCAUCACCUCGUGUCCCUCUUCCGUGACCGACUGCCCGGGCCGUGGCCGAACCACCGUCAUCACCGAGACUAUCCCCGUCUCUACGACUGUCUGCCCCGUCACCGAGGCCACACCGAUUACCAAGACGCCCACCAAAUGGACUACUUCCACCGUCUGCAUCACCACGACCCACACAAUCACCUCGUGCCCGUCUUCCUUGACCGACUGCCCGGGCCGUGGCCGAACCACCGUCAUUACCGAGACCAUCCCCGUCUCUACCACUGUCUGUCCCGUCACCGAGACUGCGGCCACCGCUCUUCCCACCGGGCCAGUCAGUGUCCCUAUCCCCACCAGUGCGCUGCCGCCUCCUCCGCCUCGCAACGUCACGACUUCCACCCGCUUCAUCACUCAAACAUACACCAUCACUUCUUGCCCCCCUACCGUUCCCAACUGCCCCGUUGGUUCCGUCGUCACCACCGUAUAUCCUACGGAAACCACUGUCAUUCCCGGCUGGACGACCAAGCUGAACCCUACUACUCCUAAUGCGCCCAGCGGUCCUACCGCCAAUACUCCUUCUCCUGCCCACGACACCAGUGACGUUCCAACUGGGGGCAAGCCAACUGGCGGCAACCCUGCUGGACCUAGCCCUACCGAGUCCAACCCUACCGGCGGCAACCCAACCGGCGGCAACCCAACCGGCGGCAGCGCUUCUGUCCCGAACACUACUGGACCCAGCCCAACCGGCGGCAACCCUACUGAGCCUAUCCCUGCUGGACCCAGCCCUACCGAGUCUAACCCUACCGGCGGCAACGCUUCUGAGCCUGCCCCUACUGGAACCAGCCCCACUGAGUCCAACCCAACCGGCGGCAACCCUGCUGAGCCUAUCCCUACGGGGCCCAACCCUACUGGACCCAGCCGCCCUAGUGGCACUCCUACCAGCGGUAGCCCUACUGGCACUAAUCCUCCCAUUGUUACUGCCGCUGCAGGCAAGAUGGUCGGUAGUUCUGAGUUGGUUGCCGCCGCUGCCGCCGCUGCCGGUUUCGCGGCUUUCUUCCUUUAA